AUGCAGUUCAAGCACCUCACUCUCCUUACCGCCGCGGUAUCGGUCACUUACGCUCAGACCGUUUCCUUCAACGCGACGGAAAUUAUACAGGAGCUAAUGGCACUGACGAACCUCGCUCAAGUGACAAACAGCCUGGCUGGCACAAUUACCCUGGGAAAUGCAGUUUCAACACUACCUGUACUUGUGACUGACCUCACUGCCUAUGCUGCUGCACUCGCUGCGGAUGCCGUUGAAAUCGCCCAGGAUGCAUCAGGGAGUGUCUUCGACACAACCGAUCAGGUCGCUAUCUGCGCCAGCCUGAAUCAGUUCAUCGCGGCUGAUCAAGGCGUUGUCUCUUCAAUUGGUGGCAUUACCAACAUCAUCACCGUCUCCCCUCUCAACGCUGUCAUAACAUCUCUGUUCAACUAUGUCAACUCCUGCGCUAGUAGCAUUGUCGGCUCUCUCACACCAAGCCUUCCGAACUGUGUCAGCACGGGAAGUAUUUGA